UGUAGGCACACUGAGGGUCUGAGGCUGAAAGCAACGCGUACCAGGAAAAGAGAUGUUUUUUUUUCUUGGCGUUAAUUAACGAACGUUUGUCAUGGCCUAUUAUUGGACUGUUGGGCCAGCUCUAUUGGCCCAGCCGCGAAGACCGUGGGAAGUUUUUUGGGCUAGAUUGCAGCGAUCACAAUCAGCGGCUUAGCCAGUGGUUUGGGUUCCAAGGUGCCGCACGCGCGAUCCCGCUCUCCAUCGCUGCAGCCUAAAAACAGGCUUGUCGACGAGCACGCAUCUGCACGUGCGCGGCGACGGUGACCGAUUUGACAGCAAGGUCGCCGGCGACACGGCGUGGAGGCUGCCUGCCGGUGCCGGGGUCUGUCAAGUGUAUGGUUCGGGUUCGGCUAAUAAAUCCCAACCCUUUCAGCGCCACGCGCAAGGGGAGGCUCCAGAAGCAAGUGCGGAGUUGACAAACCGAGCUAAUUAAGCUCCGGCGUCAACGGGUAGUCAAGAUAGACGGAGCUAAAGAACUCGCCUCCGCCGCGUAGAGCCGUCGACCUCAAACCCACACAGAGAGAUGCGCGUGAAGGUGAAGCCCCACCAAGAUUCUCCGAGCAGCAAUCCCGCCCGUCUCAUGACCUCGGGACGUCCAGAUCUUCUCUUCGGUCGCGCCCUCGCUUGAGCCAGCGCCACUCACCCCGCCCCCACUGGAGCUAAGUCCACGUCCAGCAUGGGCGCCGCCGUCGGGAAGCCCGCGUUCGGCCUCGCCGACGCGCCGAGGACGCACGCGGAGGAGCGGCUCGCCGUCGCGGAGCACGCCCUGCUCCAGUGGACCCGCUCCCCCGGCGCCGACUCCGGCGUCUGGGACGCCGACGCGAGCUACACCAACAGGGGCCUCCUCGCCGCGGUCGACGACGUGCUGCUCCUGGCGGAAGAGGACCCCUUCCCGCUCCCCGGGGCCUCCUCCGCGCGCCGCCGCCUGGGCAGCGCCGUCGGCGCCGCCGCGUCGCGCAUGGUGGAGGAGUUCCUGCGCGUCCGGGUCUGGGACGCCUCCCCGCUGCGCGUCGCCGUCGACGGGCUCGCGCUGGCGUCCAGCGGCGCGUCGCUGCUGGUGUUCCCCAGCGCCGGCGACGGGACCAGCGCUGCGACCUCCGGCGGGCAGGCCGACGCGUCCGACGGGACCCGGUCGUCGAGGGCCAGCUCCGGCGUGCCUGACGAGGUCGCGGCCCUGUUGGAAGGCGAGGUCUGGGACGAGCUCCAUCUCGUCCGCCCCGCGGGCGUGUCCGUCCUCCACGAGAUCGCCCUUCGGAUGGUCCGCGCCGGCUGCACCAAGGACCUCUUCCGGGCGUUCCCCAACGCUCCCUGCGAUGUGCUAGACAGGUUCUUGUCAAUUCUUCGUGUUGAAUGCUCGCAGCGGACGACGGAGGCCGUGAUCAAGCGGUGGACGACGGUGGCAAAGAUCAUCGGGAAGGCCAUAGUCGCCAUGCGGAGGCAGCUGCACGCGCAGAGUCCAGGCGCCUUCGACAGUUUCAGGGACGAAUACUUGCUGGCCAUCGCGGAGAACCGCAUCCUGAUCCUGCUUGAGUUCGCCGACGGAUUCACCUCCAUCACAUCGCACGAGAAGCUCGUAUACAUGCUCGGCAUGUACGAGGCUCUCAGCGACGCCGCGCCUAGCCUCCUGCUCCUGUUCAGCGGGGCGCGCAAGGAGCUCGUCGCCGAGCGGACACAGGAAAUCCUCACCAAAUUGGCCGGCGCGAUGAAGAUCAUGGUCAGCGGCGUCGUGGCCAAGGUCCGAGGCGACUGCCCGCGCGCGCCGGGUGCGGCAGGCGGCGUCCACCCGCUGGCACGCGACGCCAUGACCUGCGUCCAGCUGCUGGCGAGGCACCGCACCACGCUGGACCUGAUCCUCGCGGGCGGCGGCGGCGAACGCGACGCCGCCGCCCUCGUCGCGGAGCUGAUCGCGGGCCUGGAGCGCAACCUCCAGGGGAAACUCGCCCUCGCCUGCGCGGACGCGGGAGGCUCGCGGCACCUCUUCCUGGCCAACAACGUCAGCUUCAUACUGAACCGCGCCGCGGACGCCGGCGGCGUGGCGUCCCUGCUCGGCGGCGCGUGGGCCGCGCGGCGCCGGGGCCGGCUCGCGCAGCACGUAGCGAGCUACGUCGAGUCGUCCUGGGGCCCGGCCGUCGCUCUCCUGGAGACGCCGGCGUGCGGCAGGGGCAAGCCGGCCAAAAUUCUGGCGGAGUUCAACGCCGCGUUUACCAGGGCGCGCGACAGCGAGGUGUGCCGCCAGGUCCCGGACCCCGCGCUCCGAGCGGCCAUGCGGAACGCCGUGUCGGGGAUGGUGGUCCCCGCAUACUGCGCGUUUCUUCAGAAACAUCCCAAGCUUGGAUCAUCCGUCAGGUACACGGCUGAUGAUGUGGCCGAAUCCUUGUCGGAAUUGUUCGAAGGCGAAGGCGCGGAUGGCAGGAAAUAAUCCUAGAGUUUCUAUGCGUGUACAAUUAAGUACAACUUCAGAUUGUACUGAACUGUCAAUAAGCCUUACCUUCUGUUAAUAUUUUGCCAAUUAGUUAUACUAUCAUUCAUCAGUUGAUCUGAACAGCAAGAACUGGGCAAUGCACCACUUAUUCCUUGUCAUCUAAGAAUAAUCUGAGCAUGGAAAAUAUGGACGAGAAAAUAGUAGCAUUUUCAUGUUGACA